AUGCUGUGGAUAUUGAUCGCCGUGACGUGCAUCGAGCUAUCGACCUUUGCCAACGCACAGUCGAAAAAAACCACGUCUAUGCAGGAAGAUGCGAACAACACCGAACCGGAUCAUCCGAUACCCAUGGAGUCGAUACAGGGAGUGGCAGGACAGAGAGCAACUUUGCCCUGUAAUAUACAACCCCGUGAGCCAAACGACGCCGUCUCUAUGGUGCUCUGGUUCAAAGAGGACAGCGGCGAACCUCUCUACAGCUACGACGCGAGGAAUCGGCAGUUCGGCAAAGCCAAGCUGUGGAGCGCGUCGCACUUUUGGGGAGACAGAGCGACUUUCAGGGCGAGUCCGCCUGCACAGCUGACGAUCCGAGAUCUGAAGGAAAGCGACCAGGGUGUUUACAGGUGCAGAGUGGAUUUUCGCAACUCGCCGACUAGAAACCUCAAGGUCAACUUCACCGUGAUCGUGCCGCCAGCCAAGCCGAUAAUCUACGACGCGAAGAGAAGAGACAUGAGCAAACUUCUCGAGGCCUAUCCCGAAGGAACUGACCUGUUCCUCGUCUGCGAGGUUCACGGAGGUAAACCGAGACCUCGAGUCACGUGGUUUCUGGAGUCGCAGACAAUCGAUGCGCCGUCGGAGAUUCGAGAGACCCAAGGGCCAGGAGGCGAAACCAACGUCGUAACCAUAAGCAAUGUGACGCUGAAGGGUCUCACGAGAAGUCACUACCAUGCCAAACUGUUCUGCAAGGCAAGCAAUACUCAUUUAGCACCGCCACCCACCACUGCCGUUAUCAUCGAACUUUACAUGAAACCGUUAAAAGUCGAAAUCAUGGGAAAGGACAGGAUCCUGUCGGCGGGGAAGAAAUACGAGACCAGAUGUCAGAGCACGGGAUCGAAACCACCGGCCAACUUGACUUGGUGGAAGGCCUCGAAGCAACUCAGGAGGACGAUCAAAAGCGAAGACGGAACAAGCGUGAGCAUGUUGCAAUGGAUACCGUCGAUCGAGGACGAAGGGAAAUUUCUCGUGUGUAAAGCAACGAAUCCCAAGCUGCAAGAGGCCGGCAUCGAAGAGCGAUGGAAGCUGAAAGUACACUUUUCUCCUGUCGUCACUUUGAAGAUGGGUUCGUCGUUGAAUCCAAGGAACAUCAAGGAGGGCGACGAUGUCUACUUCGAGUGCAACGUUAGGGCGAAUCCUAGAGCUUACAGAUUGACAUGGUUUCACGAGGAAGAAGAGCUCCAUUACAACGUCACCGCCGGCAUAGUGCUCUCGGACCACUCGCUGGUGCUUCAAAGUAUAACUCGAGAAUCCGCUGGAAGGUACACCUGCAUGGCCGUCAAUGUCGAGGGCCGCGCUAGUUCUAACAUAGUGAACCUCGAGGUUAUGUUCGCUCCCGUUUGCAAGCACGUUUUGAACUCGGCCGGUUGGAGGUAUCAGAACGCAACCCCGCCACCUCUGAACGUACCCGAAGAGGUUCACGGAGCUUUGAAGCACGAAACCAUCAGCUUAGUUUGCGAGGUCGAGGCGAACCCAACCGCCAUCACCUUCUAUUGGACCUUCAACAGCAGCGGUGACCUUAGCGACAUUCCGUCCACAAAAUAUUCUAACGAAGGCACCUCGAGUAGACUCAAUUACACUCCAGCGUCCGAUAUGGAUUACGGAACGUUGGGAUGUUGGGCCAGUAACAUCGUGGGUUCCUCGAAGCAACCGUGUCUCUAUCAAGUGAUCGCAGCAGGUUCGUGCAGACCGUACCCGUUGCAAAAUUGCACGGCGUACAAUCAAACCGGUUCCUGGAUCAGAAUAUCCUGCGUGGAAGGAUACGACGGUGGUCUGCCCCAGAAAUUCGUGGCGAUCGUGGACAAGCAACGCUUGGAGUCGGCAAGUCCUUACUGGGAGCUGGAACUUCGCAAACCGACAACGGUCGCUCUUUACGCGGUCAAUAUGAAGGGCUCCAGUGAUCCAGUGAUCAUGGAAGGAGAAGCGCUAAAAGGAGUGGCCAAGUUCACCGGCGAAUCGGCAUCUUCGGUGGACAUGUCACCGAUCCUGAUUGGCCUAGGUGGAACCGCGACCGGUUUGGGCUUGAUCGUGACCGGAGUGCUAAUGGCGCUUUGGAGGAAACACGCGGCCACUCCGGCGAAACCAAAGCCACCCCAACAACCCAGUAUCGCGACUUUCGCCGGUAAAGGUGAAGAAGAGGACGGAAAUCCUGAUCUUAUACCCACCACGGCCUUGACCAAUCACCUGACAGAUAGGAAGCUUCUACAUUACGGUUCCCUGCCACGAAGGCCACGCCAGCUGGAAGGACGAGAAAUGUCCCACGACGUCGUAGAAGACACGGACUAUCCGCGAGCAUCGCCGAACACAUUCUAUAGUCUUCAGAGGCCACAUCGGUAUUCGGAAACGGUGAUCAGAAGUGCCGUGAUUCAGGAGAGCUGCAUUUAA